AUGUUCGAUGACCUGCGGGUUGGUGCCAGGAUCUCCCGUCAGGACACCAACUACAGGCGCUCCAUAUCAGCGGCGGAGCGCCUGUCCAUCUGUCUCCGCCUGCGGGCGUUUAAACGGAAGUCCUUCGACCCUGAAGCAAAACUGUAUGUUGUCUUUGUGGAUGAAGAUGACAAUGGUGAAGGGGCAGUUGACGAAGGCGGCCCGACCAGAGAGUACCUAAGGCUGUUGAUGAGGGCCGUCCACCAAUCAAACAUCUUUGAUGGACAUAAGAAAGGCCGGCAGUUGCGUCUUGAUACUCAAGCUUUACAGAGUAAACUGUACACCUGGGUGGGGAAAAUGAUUGCUGUGUGCGUCAUUCAUGGAGGAGUUGGUCCACAUUUCUAUUGGGAAAGGCUUUUCCAGCAAAUCUGUGGAGUAGAAACGACCCCGGCCACGGUCGAUGAAGUUGGCGACCAUACUUUUAGGCAGCAGUUGAUGAAAAUACAGGAAGCAACAACAGUCAGAGAGGCAAACGACACAAUUACAGAGGCAGCAGAUAGUCUCAAUAUUGUAGGGGCCUUGAGACAUGUGUCCAGCCUUGAAGAGAAGGACUCCCUUGUCAAGUCAGCUGCUGACUUCUUUGUAAACGGCAGAUUGGCGACUGCCAUGGACCAGUUUGCUGAUGGGUUACAAACCCUUGGAUUACUCCAAGAGAUUAGGGAGAAUCCGGCAGUAUUCUUCCACUUCUUUGUAAAUGAGGAAAUUCCCCUUCAGGCAAAGGACCUGUGCAAGCUAUUUGUUGUAGACUUCAGUGCAAGGCAGCAACCGGAGAAACCGUGAAAAUGCAACCAUCUGCUUCUGGCGUGACUGGUUGAUUGACGUAGAAGAAGGAGAAUGCAGUCCAGUCACCCUUGAGAGGGUAUUGGAAUUUUCAUCUGGAG